CUGUUGCACCCUGCUGCAGCGUGACGCGCGUGCGCGCGAGGUGAAGUCGGAUUCCGGCGGGGAUUCGGAACUCGGCACAACACCGGGCAGCAGCGGAGCGGAGGAGCAGAGUCUGAGAGAGAGGAGCAGCACAGGAGGGGUUCUGUACCUGCGGCUCCGGGCAGCAUGGCUGAAGGAGGAGAAGGAGAGGAGGAGAUUCAGUUCUUACGAACUGAGGAUCAGGUGGUGCUGCAGUGCACGGCGACUAUACUGAAGGAGCAAAUUAAGCUAUGCUUGUCCUGUGAAGGAUUUGGGAAUCGCCUCUGCUUCCUGGAAACAACAUCUAAUGCACAGAAUGUUCCACCGGAUCUGGCUAUCUGCUGCUUCAUCCUGGAGCAGUCCUUAUCUGUCCGUGCACUUCAGGAGAUGCUCUCUCACACCAGUGAGGCAGUGGAUUUGGAUAAAUGGUCAUCACAAGGUGGAGGCCAUCGAACGCUCUUGUAUGGACACGCCAUCCUGCUCAGACACACACACUCAAGCAUGUAUCUGAGCUGCUUGACCACCUCACGCUCCCUCACAGACAAGCUGGCCUUUGAUGUCGGCUUACAGGAGGACUCGACAGGUGAGGCGUGUUGGUGGACAAUUCACCCUGCGUCCAAACAGAGGUCAGAGGGUGAGAAGGUCAGGGUGGGUGAUGAUCUCAUCUUGGUCAGUGUAUCAUCUGAAAGGUACCUGCAUCUGUCUUAUGCCAGUGGAGAUCUGAUGGUGGAUGCCUCCUUCAUGCAGACCCUGUGGAACAUGAACCCAGUCUGCUCCGGCUGUGAACUGGCUGAAGGGUACCUGACGGGAGGCUAUGUCCUCCGACUCUUCCAUGGACACAUGGAUGAGUGCCUGGCCAUUCCUGCUGCUGAUCAGGGAGCCGACCAGCGCCGAAACGCCCAUUAUGAAGGAGGUGCCGUGUGCAGCCAUGCCAGAUCCCUGUGGAGACUGGAACCUCUUCGCAUUGGGUGGAGUGGCAGCCACAUUAAAUGGGGUCAGGCCUUCAGAAUCCGUCACAUCACCACGGGGAGGUACCUGAGUCUAGAUGAUGAAAAAGGACUACUCUUGGUGGAUCCUGAGAAAGCAAACACGAAGAGCUCAGCUUUCUGCUUCCGAGCUUCAAAGGAGAAGACGGAGGUGACUCAGAAGCGAGAUGUGGAGGGAAUGGGGACGCCUGAGAUAAAGUAUGGCGAGUCGAUGUGCUUUGUUCAGCACGUGGCUACCAGCCUUUGGCUCACCUACGCCUCUGUAGAUGCUAAAUCCGCUCGCCUCGGCCCCCUGAAGAGGAAGGCUAUUCUUCACCAGGAGGGUCACAUGGAUGAUGCUCUGACUGUUGCUCGCUCUCAGACUAUGGAGUCUCAGGCUGCUCGAAUGAUAUACAGCACUGCUGGACUCUUCACACAGUUCAUCAAGAGUCUGGACUCUCUAAGUGGAAAAAAUAAAACACCUGGUCCUCCACAGCCUCUGCCGCUGGACGCUGUUGUUCUCUCCCUGCAGGACCUGAUCUUUUACUUCCGGCCUCCAGAGGAGGAACUGGAGCAUGAAGAGAAACAGAGCAAACUGAGAUCACUGAGGAACAGACAGAACCUGUUUCAGGAAGAGGGCAUGAUUACUCUGGUGCUGGACUGCAUUGAUCGUCUGAAUGUGUACAACACAGCGGCUCAUUUCUCUGAGUUUGCUGGUGAAGAAGCUGCUGAGUCGUGGAAGGAGAUUGUUAACCUGCUGUAUGAGCUGCUGGCGUCACUGAUCAGAGGCAACAGGGCAAACUGUGCUCUGUUCUGUGAUAAUCUGGACUGGCUGGUCAGCAAACUGGACCGACUGGAGGCCUCCUCAGGUAUUCUGGAGGUUCUCUACUGCAUCCUGAUUGAAAGUCCUGAGGUGCUGAACAUAAUCCAGGAGAACCACAUCAAGUCAAUCAUUGCUCUGCUGGACAAGCAUGGCCGCAAUCACAAGGUUCUAGACGUGCUGUGCUCUCUCUGUGUGUGUAACGGUGUGGCUGUGAGGUCCAAUCAGAACCUCAUCACAGAGAACUUGCUACCAGGCCGUGACCUCCUGCUCCAGACCAGCAUCAUUAAUUAUGUCACCAGCAUGAGGCCCAACAUCUUCCUGGGAACCUGCGAGGGCUCCACUCAGUACAAGAAGUGGUACUACGAGCUGAUUGUUGAUCAUGUGGAGUCGUUUCUGACUCCACAGGCAGGUCACCUGCGGGUCGGCUGGGCGCUGACCGAGGGCUACAGCCCGUACCCUGGAGGUGGAGAAGGAUGGGGCAGUAACGGAGUCGGUGAUGAUCUCUAUUCCUACAGCUUUGAUGGACUGCACCUGUGGUCAGGUCGCGUUCCUCGCCAGGUGGCUUCACCCAGUCAGCACACCCUGGCAGCUGAAGACGUUGUGAGCUGCUGUCUGGAUCUGAGUGUUCCUAGCAUCUCCUUCCGCGUUAAUGGCCAUCCGGUGCAGGGCAUGUUUGAGAACUUCAACCUGGAUGGCCUCUUCUUCCCCGUAGUCAGCUUCUCUGCUGGAAUUAAAGUUCGCUUCCUCUUGGGUGGUCGCCAUGGAGAUUUUAAGUUUGUUCCUCCGCCGGGUUACGCUCCGUGCUUUGAAGCUGUUCUGCCCAAAGACCGUCUGCGCAUCGAGCCCAUUAAAGAAUAUAAACAUGACUUAAACGGCGUUAGGAACCUGCUUGGCCCAACUCAGUCUCUGUCCCACACCGCUUUCACCCCCAACCCUGUGGACACAGUGCAGAUUGUUCUUCCUCCUCAUCUGGAGCGAAUCAGGGAGAAGCUGGCUGAGAACAGUCACGAGCUGUGGGCCGUCACUCGCAUCGAGCAGGGCUGGACCUAUGGACCGUUUCGGGAUGAUAACAAGAAGCUGCACCCUUGCCUCGUGGACUUCCAGGGCCUUCCAGACCCAGAGAAGAACUACAAUCUGGCCAUGUCUGGAGAGACACUUAAGACUCUUCUGGCUUUGGGCUGCCAUGUAGGAAUGGGGGAUGAGAAAGCAGAAGAAAACUUAAAGCGGACCAAACUGCCCAAAACCUACAUGCAGAGCAAUGGAUACAAACCUGCUCCUCUGGAUCUGAACCACGUCAAACUGACCCCUAAUCAGAACACACUGGUGGAGCGGCUGGCUGAAAACGGACACAAUGUCUGGGCCAGGGACAGAGUCCGGCAGGGCUGGACCUACAGUAUCGUACAGGACAUUGUGAAUAAGCGGAACCCUCGUCUCGUACCGUAUAAUCUUCUGGAUGAGAAAACCAAAAAGACUAACAGAGACACAGUGUGUGCUGCUGUUCGAACCCUGAUCGGCUAUGGCUACAACAUUGAGCCUCCAGACCAGGAAAGCAGUGGUCAUGGUGUCGGUGAUGGCAGUGGGAAUAAGAUCCGAGUUUUCCGGGCUGAGAGGUCGUAUGCUGUGACCCAGGGGAAGUGGUAUUUUGAGUUUGAGGCUGUGACGGUGGGGGAGAUGCGAGUGGGCUGGGCCAGGCCAAGUGUCCAUGCUGAUAAAGAGCUGGGCUCAGAUGACCUGGCGUACGUCUUCAAUGGCUUUAAGGCUCAGCGUUGGCACGUGGGCAGCGAGCCUUUUGGGCGUCAGUGGCAGUCAGGUGAUGUGGUGGGCUGCAUGAUUGACCUGACUGAGCAGAACAUUAUGUUCACCCUGAAUGGAGAGAUGCUGAUCAGUGACUCCGGCUCUGAGAUGGCUUUCAAAGACAUUGAAAUUGGAGAGGGCUUCAUCCCUGUGUGUAGUCUGGGCCUCUCUCAGGUGGGUCGCAUAAACUUGGGCCAGAACGUGAGCAGCCUGCGAUAUUUCACCAUCUGUGGUCUGCAGGAAGGCUUUGAGCCGUUUGCUAUCAACAUGAAGAGAGACAUCACCAUGUGGUUCAGCAAAAGCCUGCCACAGUUUGUGCCGGUUCCAACCGACCAUCCUCAUUUUGAAGUGUCCCGUGUAGACGGCACAGUGGACAGCGCCCCCUGUCUAAAGCUGACCCACAAAACUUUCGGAUCUCAGAAUGCUAACACAGACCUGCUGUUCUUCAGGCUGAGCAUGCCCAUUGAGUUCCAUGAAACCUUCAAAGUGCCAGCAGGCCAAACCCCCCUGACCCGCGCUCUCACCAUCCCAGAGGAUGAGGUGCUGGAGGUGGACCCCAACUCAGAUUACGAGCUCUUAAAGAAAUGUGCCACACGCAAAGAGCAAGAGGAGAAAGAGAAGGAGCCCUCAGUGCCUAAAGAGCUUCCUGGCAUAAAGGAGGGUGAGAAUGAGAAAGACACGACUACAGAGAAGAGCAAAAAGAAAGGGUUCUUCUCCAAGGCAAAGAAAGCUGCUUUUAUCGCUCCCUCACCUGUAGUCCCCACUGUUCCCCGCCUGGUGGAGGACGUGGUCCCAGAUGAUCGAGACGAUGUGGAAAUCAUUUCAAGCACAACUACUUAUUACUACUCGGUGCGUGUGUUUGCCGGUCAGGAGCCUAGUGGAGUUUGGGUCGGCUGGGUGACCCCUGACUACCACCAGUACGACCUUCAUUUUGAUCUGAGUAAAGUGAGGAAUGUUACCGUCACCGUGGGAGAUGAUAAAGGAAACAUACAUGAAAGUAUGAAGCGCAGUAACUGUUACAUGGUCUGGGGUGGAGAGUUCAGCAGCUCCCAGCAGACACGCAUCAGUCAGGAGGACUUUGUGAUUGGCUGCCUCGUCGACCUUGAUACAGGUCUCAUGACCUUUGCAGCAAAUGGGAAGGAAGUCAAUACCUUCUACCAGGUGGAGCCCAAUACCAAACUCUUCCCCGCUGUGUUCUGUUUGCCCUCCAGCCAGAACAUGCUGCAGGUGGAGCUUGGCAAGCUAAAGAACAUCAUGCCCAUCUCGGCAGCCAUGUUCCGCAGUGACCGUAAGAACCCAGUUCCGCAAUGCCCUCCCCGCCUAGACAUGCAGAUGCUAACCCCGGUUAUCUGGAGUCGAAUGCCCAACGACUUUCUGGCCCCAGACACAGGGCGUGUGAGUGAGAAGCUUGGCUGGAUGGUGCAGUGCACUGAGCCACUCACCAUGAUGGCCCUGCAUAUCCCAGAAGAGAACAGGUGUAUUGACAUCCUGGAACUGUCUGAGCGGAUGGAUCUGAUGAAGUUCCACUAUCACACUCUGAAGCUGUAUGGUUCUGUGUGUGCUCUGGGAAACAACCGAGUGUCACACGCGCUCUGUAGCCAUGUGGAUGAGUCUCAGCUGUUCUAUGCUAUUGAGAACACCUACCUGCCAGGCCCGAUCCGCAGCGGCUACUAUGACCUGCUCAUCUCCAUGCACCUGGAGUCCGCUAAACGCAACCGCCUGAUGACCAACCGGGAGUUCAUUGUGCCCAUGACAGACGAGACGCGCAGCAUCACGCUGUACUCGGAUGCGGAGAAGGCCCACGCCCUGCCUGGCGUCGGCCUGACCACCUGCCUGCGACCCAAACUGCACUUCGCACCAACCGGAUUCGUGGGGACCAAUGCCGACCUGUACACACUCAGCCCCGUCAUACCUCUGCAGAUGCUGAAGGACCACGCCCUGAGCAUGCUGACAGAAGCAGUGCAGGAUGGUGGUCAGGCCAUGCGUGACCCUGUAGGGGGCAGUGUCGAGUUCCACUUUGUUCCAAUCCUGAAGCUAAUCAGCACCCUGCUCAUCAUGGGGGUGUUCGAGGACGAGGACGUCAAACACAUCCUGAAACUGAUCGAGCCGUCCGUCUUCAACGACUCUGACCCCCCAGUUCAUGAGGGAGAAGAGGGGGAGCAGCCAGAGCUCAGGAGGGAGGAGGGAGCCCAGGAGAGGAAAGAAGAGAAACACAGGGAGCAAGAAGAUGAGCUGGUGGAUGAAGGGGUCGCUGAAGAAGAAGAAGAGGAGGAGGAGCUGGAGGAGGAAGAGGAAGAAGAGGAAGAACAAACUGAGAGAGAGGAGGAGGGCCAAGAUGCCCUGGCUGAGAAAACCGACAGAGAAAAAGAAACCGAUGAAGAGGCGGGGCUUGAGGCGGAGCCUGCAGUAGGCAAGGAGGAGCCUAAGGAGCAUGAGGAUGUGGGAGAGGGGCUACUUCAUAUGAAACUGCCUGAGUCUGUUAAAUUACAGAUGUGUACACUGCUGCAGUAUUUCUGUGACUGUGAGCUUCGGCACCGUGUGGAGGCUAUAGUGGCGUUUUCAGACCGGUUUGUUAAUCAGGUUCAGACCAAUCAGAGACAGCGCUAUAACGAGCUUAUGCAAGCCUUUACAAUGUCCGCCGCAGAGACUGCUAGAAAGACCAGAGAGUUCCGUUCUCCACCACAGGAACAGGUUAACAUGCUGAUGAACUUUAAGAACUGUCCAGAGGAGGAGGACUGUCCGGUUCCUGAGGAAGUUCGUAGUGGUCUCCAAUUGUUCCACAAUGACCUGCUGGCUCACUGCGGAGUGCAUAUCGAGGAAGAGGAGGAGGAAGAGCAGGUGGACACAUCUCUGCGUGGGCGGCUCGUUCGGCUGCUGGAGAAGGUGAAGAAUCUUCGCAGGAGAAAGCAGGAAGCAGAACCGGAACCAGAGGAUGAGAAGAAGCCCAGCACACUGCAAGAGCUGAUCUCCCACACCAUGAUCCACUGGGCACAAGAGUCGUUCAUCCAGAACCCUGAGCUGGUGCGAAUUAUGUUCAGUCUGCUGCACCGGCAGUACGACGCUCUGGGCGAACUGAUCCGUGCCGUGCCCAAAGCUUACACCAUCAAUGCAGUGUCUGUUCAGGACACCAUGGAGCUGCUGGAGUGCCUGAGCCAAAUCCGCUCGCUGCUCAUCGUGCAGAUGGGUCCUGAGGAGGAGAGACUUAUGAUCCAGAGCAUCGGAAACAUCAUGAGCAAUAAGGUCUUCUACCAGCAUCCAAACCUGAUGAGGGCACUGGGUAUGCAUGAGACUGUCAUGGAGGUCAUGGUCAAUGUCCUGGGUGGUGGAGACUCCAAGGAGAUCCGGUUUCCACGCAUGGUGACCAACUGCUGCCGAUUUCUGUGCUAUUUCUGCCGAAUCAGCCGCCAGAACCAGCGCUCCAUGUUUGAUCACCUGAGUUACCUCCUGCAAAACAGUGGCAUCGGGCUGGGAAUGCGAGGCUCCACUCCUCUGGAUGUUGCUGCAGCGUCCUGCAUUGAUAACAAUGAGCUCGCUCUGGCUCUUCAGGAGCAGGACCUGGAGAAGGUGGUGAAGUACCUGGCAGGCUGUGGGCUGCAGAGCUGUCCGAUGCUGCUGUCUAAAGGAUACCCUGAUAUUGGCUGGAAUCCCUGUGGUGGAGAGAAAUACCUCGAUUUCCUGAGAUUUGCUGUCUUUGUUAAUGGUGAAAGCGUGGAGGAGAAUGCAAAUGUUGUAGUGCGUCUCCUGAUCAGACGGCCCGAAUGUUUUGGUCCUGCACUCAGAGGAGAGGGAGGAAAUGGCCUGCUGGCAGCUAUCGAAGAGGCCAUCAAAAUCUCAGAGGACCCUGCUAGAGACGGGCCAAGCGUCAAGAAAGACAGGCGCUUCCCAAUGUUUGGAGGAGAGGAGCAGCAUGAGGAGAACCGAGUCCACCUAGGAAAUGCCAUCAUGUCCUUCUACGCUGCACUCAUUGACCUGUUGGGUCGCUGUGCUCCAGAAAUGCAUCUAAUUCAAGCAGGUAAAGGUGAGGCUCUGAGGAUCAGGGCAAUUCUCAGGUCUCUGGUGCCGAUUGAAGACCUGGUCGGUGUUAUUAGUCUUCCAGUCCAGAUCCCUGCAUUUGGAAAAGACAACAGCAUCAUUGAGCCGAAAAUGUCUGCCAGUUUUGUUCCUGAUCAUAAAGCCCCAAUGGUGCUGUUCCUGGACAGAGUGUAUAGUAUUGAUAACCAAGACUUCCUUUUACACGUGCUGGAGGUCGGAUUCCUGCCGGACAUGCGGGCAGCAGCCUCUCUGGAUACAGCUGCGUUCAGCACCACAGAAAUGGCUCUGGCUCUAAAUCGCUACCUCUGCUCUGCUGUUCUGCCUCUCAUCACUAAAUGUGCCCCCCUGUUUGCUGGAACGGACCACCGGGCCAUCAUGAUCGACUCUAUGCUGCACACCAUCUACAGGCUGUCACGUGGCCGCUCACUCACCAAAGCUCAGAGAGACGUUAUAGAGGAAUGCCUGAUGUCCCUCUGCAGGUAUCUGCGCCCUUCCAUGCUGCAGCACCUCCUGAGGAGGCUGGUAUUCGAUGUGCCAAUUCUUAACGAGUAUGCCAAAAUGCCACUAAAGCUGCUGACCAAUCACUACGAGCGUUGCUGGAAGUACUACUGCCUGCCCAAUGGCUGGGCAAACUUUGGCGUGUCGUCAGAAGAGGAGCUUCAUUUGACUCGGAAACUCUUCUGGGGAAUUUUUGAAUCUCUGGCCCACAAGAAAUAUGAUGCAGAACUGUUUAAAAUCGCUAUGCCAUGCAUCUGUGCCAUAGCUGGAGCCAUACCUCCAGAUUACGUGGACGCCAGCUACUCCUCCAAAACUGAAAAGAAAGCUUCUGUUGAUGCUGAGGGCAACUUUGAUCCCAAACCUGUGGAGACCACUAACACCAUCAUUCCUGAGAAACUGGACGGAUUUAUUAACAGAUAUGCAGAAUAUACACAUGACAAAUGGGCUUUUGAACGGAUUCAAAACAACUGGACCUUUGGUGAGAUGCUGGAUGAAAAUGCCAAGACACAUCCUAUGCUCAGGCCAUACAAAACAUUUUCUGAAAAGGAUAAAGAGAUCUAUCGCUGGCCCAUUAAAGAGUCCGUAAAGGCCAUGAUAGCGUGGGAGUGGACACUGGACAAAGCUAGGGAUGGAGAUGAAGAUAAAACGGAGAAGAAGGCAGCUCGCAAGAUCUCCCAAACUGCACAGGCAACAUAUGACCCCAGCCACGGCUACAAUCCUCAGCCUAUAAACAUAUCAGGCAUGACGCUGUCCAGAGAGCUGCAGUCCAUGGCUGAGCAGCUUGCAGAGAACUACCACAACACCUGGGGCCGCAAGAAGAAAAUGGAGCUGCAAGCGAAGGGAGGUGGUACUCAUCCUUUGCUGGUGCCUUACGACACACUGACGGCUAAGGAGAAGGCUCGUGAUAGGGAGAAGGCCUAUGAGCUGCUCAGAUUCUUACAGCUCAAUGGAUACGCAGUUACAAGAGGACUGAAGGAUAUGGAGGGUGAUGUCUCCUCAAUUGAAAAGCGAUUUGCUUACGGGUUCCUACAGAAACUGCUGAAGUGGAUGGACAUCGCACAAGAGUUUAUAGCACACCUCGAGGCGGUGGUCAGCAGUGGCCGUGUGGAGAAAUCGCCUCAUGAGCAGGAGAUCAAGUUCUUUGCGAAGAUCCUCCUGCCACUGGUCAAUCAGUACUUCAAAAACCACUGCCUCUACUUUCUGUCCACUCCGGCUAAAAUCCUGGGCAGUGGUGGUCAUGCGUCCAACAAGGAGAAGGAGAUGAUCGCCAGUAUUUUCUGUAAGAUGUCUGCUCUGGUCAGACACAGAGUAUUUCUCUUUGGCACAGAUGCUCCGGCCAUCGUUAACUGUCUCCACAUCCUCGCCCGCUCGCUGGAUGCCAGGACGGUGAUGAAAUCUGGCCCUGAGAUUGUGAAGGCUGGGCUUAGGUCGUUCUUUGAGAGUGCAGCUGAUGACAUUGAAAAGAUGGUGGAGAACCUCAAACUGGGAAAAGUGUCCAAAGGCAACCAGCCAGUGAAAGGUGUCUCCCAGAAUAUAAACUACACCACCGUCGCCCUGCUGCCUGUCCUCACAUCACUGUUUGACCAUGUAGCACAGCACCAGUUUGGAGAUGAUGUGAUAUUGGAUGACCUGCAGAUGUCCUGCUAUAGAAUUAUGUGCAGCAUCUACUCUCUCGGCACAGUCAAAACUCCUCAUGCAGAAAGGCAGCGCCCCGCUCUGGGCGAGUGCUUAGCCCACCUGGCCGCUGCGAUGCCUGUGGCCUACCUGGAGCCUCAGCUCAAUGAGUACAAUGCUUUCUCUGUCUACACUACCAAAACCCCCCGAGAGAGAGCCAUUCUGGGUCUUCCUAACGAGGUGCAGGAGCUAUGUCUGGAUAUUCCGGAGCUGGACAUACUGAUGAAAGAGAUCGGUCACCUGGCCGAGUCUGGAGCUCGUUAUACGGAGAUGCCUCAUGUGAUCGAGAUCACUCUUCCCAUGCUGUGUAACUACCUGCCCCGCUGGUGGGAGCGUGGACUGGAGAACUUUCCACAGCUGGAGGGGCAGCUCUGCACUGAUGUUACCUCAGACCACCUCAACCAGCUGCUGGGAAGCAUCAUGAAGAUUGUUGUGAACAACCUGGGCAUUGAUGAAGCUCCCUGGAUGAAAAGACUUGCUGUGUUUUCGCAGCCUAUUGUAAGCAGGGCCAAGCCAGAGAUGCUGAAGUCGCACUUCAUUCCUACCAUGGAAAAGCUGAGGAAGCGCACAGCAAAGGUGGUGGCUGAGGAGGAGCAUCUGCGCAUGGAGGGCAAAUCAGAGGGAGACGAGGAGGAGGGGACCAUUAGGGACGAGUUCGCUGUUUUGUGCAGAGAUCUGUACGCCCUCUACCCUCUGCUCAUCCGCUACGUCGACAACAACAGGGCAAGAUGGCUGACCUGCCCUGACCCUGAUGCUGAAGAGCUUUUCCGGAUGGUGGGAGAAGUCUUCAUCUUCUGGUCCAAAUCGCAUAACUUUAAACGUGAGGAGCAGAACUUUGUGGUGAUGAAUGAGAUAAACAACAUGUCCUUUCUCACCGCCGACAGCAAGAGUAAGAUGAGCAAGGCUGGCGGCUCAGACGUAGAGCGUACCAAGAAGAAGCGACGGGGGGACCGUUACUCAGUGCAGACGUCGCUGAUCGUUGCAGCACUGAAGAAGAUGCUGCCCAUCGGACUCAACAUGUGCUCUCCUGCUGACCAGGAGCUCAUUAACCUUGCCAAGAUCCGCUACUCUUUGAAAGAUACAGAUGAGGAGGUGAGAGAGUUCCUGCAGAAUAACCUGCACCUCCAGGGCAAGGUGGAGAACCCCUCCAUGCGCUGGCAGAUGGCUCUGUAUAAGGAGAUGGCGGGGAAGGCGGAGGAUGCGGAUGCUCCUGAGAAAGUAGUGAAGCGAGUGCAGGAGGUCUCUGCGGUGCUUUAUCACAUCGAGGUGACGGAGCAUCCUUUCAAAUCCAAGAAGAUGGUCUGGCAUAAGCUGCUGUCCAAACAGAGGCGUAGAGCAGUGGUGGCCUGCUUCAGGAUGACCCCUCUCUACAACCUGCCCAGGCAUCGAGCGUCCAACAUGUUCCUGGAUGGUUAUAAACGGAACUGGCUCCAAACUGAAGGAUAUUCUUUUGAGGACAGGAUGAUUGAUGACUUGUCUAAAGCAAUGGAGCAGGAAGAAGAGGAAGAGGAGGAGACGGAGACAAAACCCGACCCUCUUCAUCAGCUCAUCCUUCACUUUAGCCGCACAGCCCUCACUGAGAAGAGCAAACUUGACCUGGACCAUUUGUACAUGGCAUACGCUGAUAUUAUGGCCAAGAGCUGCCACAUGGGUGAGGAAGAUGAAUGUGAAGAGGAAGAUCAGGGUGGAGGAGCAGAAGAGAUGUCGUUUGAGGUGCGACAGUCAGAGACGGAGAAAGAGAUGGAGAAACAGAGGCUACUGUAUCAGCAGUCUCGUCUCCACAAUCGUGGGGCAGCAGAGAUGGUCCUGCAGAUGAUCAGCGCCUGCAAGGGUGAGACGGGUAGUAUGGUGUCUUCCACUUUAAAGCUGGGCAUCUCCAUUCUGAAUGGAGGGAACAGUGAAGUCCAGCAGAAAAUGCUGGAAUACCUGAAGGACAAAAAGGAUGUUGGUUUCUUCCUGAGUGUGCAGGCCUUAAUGCAGACCUGCAGUGUUCUGGACCUGAAUGCCUUUGAGAGGCAGAAUAAAGCUGAAGGUUUGGGAAUGGUGUCUGAGGAGGGCACAAACAUGAAGCGAGAGCGGGGUGAGAAAGUGAUGGCAGAUGAUGAGUUCACCUGUGACCUGUUCCGGUUUCUGCAACUGCUUUGUGAGGGACACAAUAACGACUUCCAGAACUACCUCAGAACCCAAACUGGAAGCACCACCACCAUUAACAUCAUCAUUUGCACAGUGGACUACCUGCUGCGCCUACAGGAAUCCAUCAGUGAUUUUUACUGGUAUUACUCUGGUAAAGAGAUCAUUGACGAGCCAGGAAAGAGAAACUUCUCCAAAGCCAUGACCGUCGCCAAGCAGGUCUUCAACAGCCUGACUGAGUACAUCCAGGGACCCUGUACAGGUAAUCAGCAGUCUUUGGCCCAUAGCAGGCUGUGGGAUGCUGUUGUCGGUUUUCUUCACGUCUUUGCUCAUAUGAUGAUGAAACUGGCUCAGGACUCGAGUCAGAUCGGCCUGCUGAAGGAGCUUCUGGACCUACAGAAGGACAUGGUGGUCAUGUUGCUCUCACUGCUAGAGGGUAAUGUCGUGAACGGCACGAUCGCUCGUCAGAUGGUAGACAUGCUGGUUGAAUCCUCUAGUAACGUUGAGAUGAUCCUGAAAUUCUUCGACAUGUUCCUCAAGCUGAAAGACAUUGUUGCUUCUGAUGCUUUCCGGGACUAUGUGACCGACCCCAGGGGCCUGAUUUCAAAGAAGGACUUCCAGAAGGCCAUGGACAGCCAGAAACAGUAUACACCUUCCGAGAUCCAGUUCCUCCUGUCCUGCUCUGAGGCAGACGAGAACGAGAUGAUCAACUACGAAGAGUUUGCCAACCGCUUCCAGGAGCCAGCGAAAGACAUCGGCUUUAACAUUGCCGUGCUGCUGACCAACCUGUCUGAACACGUCCCUCAUGACACCAGGCUACAGAACUUCCUGGAACAGGCUGAGAGUGUGCUGAACUACUUCCGCCCGUUCCUAGGCCGUAUCGAGAUCAUGGGUGCCAGUCGGAAGAUUGAGCGGAUCUAUUUCGAGAUCAGCGAAGUGAACCGGCGACAGUGGGAGAUGCCGCAGGUACGCGAGUCCAAGCGGCAGUUCAUCUUUGAUGUGGUAAAUGAAGGUGGGGAGUCAGAGAAGAUGGAGCUCUUUGUCAACUUCUGUGAGGACACCAUCUUUGAGAUGAACAUCGCAUCGCAGAUCUCAGAGCAGGAGGAAGAGGAGAAAGGAGAGGACGAUGAGGAGAUUGGUGACACAGGAGAAGGAGGAGGUGGAGGAGGAGGAAAUGAUGAAGAAAUUGGUGGAGAAAACGGACAGCCAGAAUCAAGCUCUGCUUUCGCAGACUUUCUCAACGGUGUGGUCAACUUUUUUGGCAUGUUCACCUUCCGUAACCUCCGCAGGCAGUACCGGAAACUCCGGAAGAUGACUGUGAAGGAGAUCAUUAUCAGCAUUGCAACAUUCCUUUGGACAAUCCUGUUGGGAAUCUUUCAUUUUAUCUUCAGUGUGUGUAAAGGACUGUUCCUGCUUGUCUGGCACACCCUAUUCGGAGGUAGUCUGGUGGAAGGAGCAAAAAACAUCACUGUGACUGAAAUCCUGGCCAGCAUGCCGGAUCCCACUCAGGAUGAAGUACACGGAGACCUUCCCGGAGAACCCGGAGCUGGAGAAGAGCAAGAGGCCGGAGGAGUAAUGGACUCUGCAGAAGCAGCAGGAGGAGAGGAGGAAGAUGAGGAGAGCGCAGAGAAGGAUGUUGGAAAAAUCCCUGGUAUCGAUACCCCAGGUGGCCUGGGGGAUAUGGGAGACACCACUCCAGUUGAGCCCCCGACUCCAGAGGGGUCUCCUUUAACAAAGAGAAAGAUGCAGCCAGAAGAAACUGGAGGUGAGCAGACCACAGUUGCUGAAGAACCACCACCGGAGCCAGAGAAAGCAGAUACGGAAAAUGUAGAGAAGGCAGAAAAGGAAGUGGAGGUGAAGACUGAGGAGCCACAGGAAACACUGAAGGUUGAAAAGACCAGCAAGGCCAAGAAAGAAAAGAAAAUGUCCAGAGAAGAAGGAUUUGAGCUUUGGAAUGAGCUGGAUGUUCAAAGAAAUAAAUUCAUGAAUUACCUAUCCCGCAAUUUCUACAACCUUCGCUUCCUGGCUCUGUUUAUCGCAUUUGCCCUAAAUUUCAUUCUGCUGUUCUACAGGGUGUCGGACACUCCUCCCGGUGAGGAGUUUGAGGGUUCAGCCAUGUUUGAAGGAUCUGGUAUUUUUGAAUCUUCUGGAGAAGAGAUAGAGGGUUCGGCAGCUGAGGACAGCAUGGGUGACGAUGAUGAUGAGGAAGGCCCUGUGUAUUAUUUCCUGGAGGAAAGCACAGGAUAUAUGCAGCCCACGCUGUCCUUCCUUGCUGUGCUGCACACCGUUAUCUCCUUCAUCUGCAUCAUAGGAUACAACUGCCUCAAGAUCCCGCUGGUCAUCUUUAAGAGAGAGAAGGAGCUGGCGAGAAAGCUAGAGUUUGAUGGGCUUUACAUCACUGAACAGCCUGAAGAUGAUGAUAUCAAAGGACAGUGGGACCGACUUGUGCUUAACACACCCUCAUACCCUAACAACUACUGGGACAAGUUUGUGAAGCGAAAGGUUCUGGAUAAGUAUGGGGACAUCUAUGGCCGGGAGAGAAUUGCGGAGCUGCUAGGGAUGGACCUGGCCUCACUGGACGUCAGCAAACAACAGACUGAUAAGAAACCUGAGGAACAGGACAACUCCAUGCUGGCCUGGCUCACUGCAGUCGAUCUCAAGUAUCAGGUCUGGAAAUUUGGAGUCGUGUUCACAGAUAAUACAUUCCUCUACCUUGUCUGGUACACUGUGAUGUCGUUGCUUGGACACUACAACAACUUCUUUUUUGCAUGUCACCUGCUGGACAUUGCCAUGGGUGUGAAAACACUGCGGACCAUUCUGUCCUCAGUCACACACAACGGCAAACAGCUGAUGAUGACUGUGGGCCUGCUGGCAGUAGUGGUGUAUCUCUACACUGUGGUGGCGUUCAACUUCUUCCGCAAAUUCUACAAUAAAAGUGAAGAUGAGAAUGAGCCGGACAUGAAGUGUGAUGAUAUGAUGACUUGUUACCUGUUCCACAUGUAUGUAGGUGUGAGGGCAGGUGGGGGUAUAGGUGAUGAGAUAGAAGAUCCUGCUGGUGAUGAGUAUGAGCUCUACCGUGUUGUCUUUGACAUUACUUUCUUCUUCUUUGUUAUCGUCAUCCUCCUCGCCAUCAUCCAAGGUUUAAUUAUUGAUGCUUUUGGGGAACUGAGAGAUCAACAGGAGCAAGUGAAAGAGGAUAUGGAGACCAAGUGCUUUAUCUGUGGGAUCGGCAGCGAUUACUUUGACACGACUCCACAUGGGUUUGAGACCCACACUCUAGAGGAACACAACCUGGCCAAUUACCUGUUCUUCCUGAUGUACCUGAUAAACAAGGAUGAGACAGAACACACCGGUCAGGAGUCAUAUGUGUGGAAGAUGUAUCAAGAGCGAUGCUGGGACUUCUUCCCUGCUGGAGACUGUUUCCGAAAACAGUAUGAGGAUCAGCUGGGUUAACCAUGAGCAUUAUGUUCCUCCUACAUUAACAUACACAAAGAAUAGCUUAUUAUAGUCAAAUAUAUUAAACCAAAGAAAACAUUUUUAACUAAUUUAACAUUUGAACUAAUUUUAGUUGUAAGGCUAGGCUGAGCAUGAGAGUGUUUGAGGUGGAAGAAUCAGUAUUAUUAUACUGUAUUAAUAACUACAUUCACUUCUUUAUUUCAUUUUCUCAGUUCAAAAGCAGGAAGGCAUUUCUGUACCCUUUCAGAAGUGUAAUGGCUGAGUAGUGACUGUAGAUGGCAGGCUUCAAACCUAAACCUCUGUAAUUAUAUUUAAUAAAAUCUUCUGCGAAAGUGUU